UAGCUUUCAAUCUCAAUACAAACCACUCAGUUUCUUUAUAAUUGAACAAAUUUCUUCUACACAAUGGAGUUCUUCGCUAUCGCUGCCCUCGCGUCCCUGGCCGCUGCCGUCGACGUCGGAAUCACCUUCCACGGCGCCAGAGGAGAAUCCUACACGGAGGUAUUCCCUACCGAUCGUACAACCGUCACAAUUGACAACCCGAUGAUUGUUUACUCUGUCUCCUCCACUAAGGGUGGAUUCUGCGACGUCACUGGCGCCGAAGGAGAAACUAUCACGCUGUACUCGGAUAUGGAGAAGAUCUUGAAGAAGCCUCAGGCCAUGAAGCGUGGUUCUUGCGGGACUAUCUAGAUUUCGAUUCCCCUUUAUUCCUUUAUCUUGCUUUUGAUUGCACAUUUGUUUCCUGCUUCGAUGGCUUGGAAUUUGAGUGUUUAGAGGUAUCAGAGAACUGUCUACUCAUGAGAUCUCGUGCGAGUGACAGUUAAACGUUUAUAUUCAAUUCUCAAAGAUUAUAUGGUGAUUUCAAAAUCGAGAAAAAGGAG